CCUGCUUUGCUCUCCGAAGAACAAGACUUUUAUUACUCUCUCACUCUCACACUAGGGUUCCCAAAAUCCUAUCUCUCUCUCUCUGUCUCACUCUCUGAAAGCGCUUUUACGGCGAACUUUUCGGGUCCAUUCGCUGACACGUGUCAGCUUCCGGCACCAUUUCCGGCGCAACCUCUGUAACUCCAAACACAAACCUUUUCAGUCCUCAAAUCUUCGAUUCUUAAUCAAAGUUCUAUUUUUUAUUUGUUGGGUUUGUCUUUUUAUAAUUGAUUUGAGCUUUUGUUAUGGUUGUAUAAUAUUAUUAAUAUACAGUGUGAAUUACUUGUAUUAUACACUGUUAGUAUAGUAUAUCUGCUUUUUUUUUUUUUUUACUUUGCUUUAUAAAAAGAAGAAAAGAAAAGCAAGUGAAUUUUGAACUAUACGAAGUGAAAGAGGAAAGUGGGUCUUGUUGUUGUUGUUUGUUGAGGAUUCCUUUGCUUUGUUUUUUAGUACAAAAUUGCCUUAAUGCAAUUUGCAAAGUGCUUGCUUUCUCUGUUUUGUUCUUUUUUGAGCUUCUAAUAAGAUUUGGAGAUUCAUAGAUGAUCUGUAACUCUUUCACACUCUGUUUGUUUGUCCAUAUUGAGCUUCAUUUUGUGUCUUAGGAACUUUCCUCUCUCUCUCUCUCUCUCUCUGUGCGAUACAAAAAAUUUCACUCUUUUUUGCAUUUUGAAGCUUCGUUUUUGAGCUUGCCCAAAAUGACAUUUCUUGUUAGUUUUAUUUGAAUUCUUCUGUGUCAGCCUUUUGGUAUUUGAAAAUGCUAUACAAGCUAGUAGUCCUUUUUGUUGUUUUAGCUCCAGCUAUAGUUCAUUGUUUAGACCCAGUUUUCAACGAUGACAUUCUGGGCUUGAUUAUGUUCAAGGCUGGAAUUCAAGACCCAAAGGACAAACUAACAUCAUGGAACGAAGAUGCUAGUAGUCCUUGCAAUUGGGUCGGAGUCAAAUGUGAUCCUAAGACUAACCGGGUCACUGAACUCGUACUCGACGGGUUUUCGCUAUCCGGGCACAUUGGCCGUGGCCUCCUGAGGCUGCAAUUCCUUCAAAUUCUGUCACUUUCCAAUAACAACUUCACAGGGACUAUAAGCCCUGAUCUUGCUCACCUUGGAAGCUUACAAGUUGUUAAUUUCAGUGGGAAUAAGCUUUCUGGGGAUAUCCCAGAUGGCUUUUUUCAACAAUGCGGAUCAUUGAAAGUGGUUUCAUUUGCUAGGAACAAUCUCACAGGAAAUAUUCCUGAUUCUUUGAGUUUAUGCUCCACAUUGGUUUCGGUUAACUUUUCAUCUAAUAGGAUUUUGGGGAAAUUGCCCUCUGGAUUAUGGUAUUUGAGGGGGCUUCAGGCUCUUGAUUUGUCAGAUAAUUUGUUAGAGGGAGUAGUUCCUGAAGGAAUUGAAGGCUUGUAUGAUUUGAGAGCUAUAAAUUUGAGCUCAAACCGGUUCUCUGGCAAGCUUCCCUGGGAUAUUGGGGGUUGUUUUCUUCUGAAAUUGGUUGAUUUUAGUGACAAUUUCCUUUCUGAGAGUCUUCCAGAGUCAAUGCAGAGACUUAGUUCAUGUACUUCUCUGAGUUUGCGUGGAAAUUCAUUCACAGGAGAAAUUCCGAACUGGAUUGGAGAAUUGAGAGACCUUGAGAUUUUGGAUCUUUCAGCGAAUAACUUUUCGGGUCAGAUUCCAAAUUCAAUAGGAAAUCUUCCAUUAUUAAAGAAUCUAAAUUUAUCUAUGAACCAGUUUACAGGGAACUUGCCAGAGUCAAUGAAAAAUUGUGUUAACCUCUUGGCUGUUGAUGUUAGCCAUAAUCAGGUGAAUGGCAGUAUUCCUUCAUGGUUCUUUAAGCCGAGUGUACAAAGUGUUUCACUUUCUGGAAAGGGAGUUGGUGAAAGUCCGGAAUAUUCUUCACUCACAUCAAUAGCAGCAUCUUAUCAAGGUCUUCAGGUCUUGGAUAUAUCUUCAAACGCAUUCUCUGGUGAAAUUCCAGCUAACAUUGGUGUACUUAGUACCUUGCAGUUCUUGAAUAUGUCCAGGAAUCGUCUUUUUGGUUCUAUUCCUGCCGGCAUAGGUGAAUUGAAGUCUACAUAUGUUCUUGAUUUGAGCGACAAUCGGCUUAAUGGAAGCAUUCCUUCUGCAAUUGGAGGGGCAGUUUCACUCAAGGAACUGAGGCUGCAGAAGAACCUUUUAACAGGGAAAGUUCCUACCGAAAUUGAGAAUUGCUCAUCUCUAACAUCUUUGAUCCUAUUUCAGAACAACCUCACUGGCCCAAUCCCUUCAGCCAUUGCAAACCUCACCAAUCUUGAAUAUGUAGAUUUAUCUUUGAAUCAACUCUCUGGAAGCUUACCGAAAGAGCUGACAAAUCUUACCCAACUGGUCUCUUUUAAUGUUUCCCACAACCACCUUCAAGGUGAGCUACCAGUGGGGGGCUUCUUCAACACUAUCUCUCCCUCAUCUGUUUUUGGUAAUCCAUCCCUAUGUGGUUCUGUUGUUAAUCGCUCCUGCCCUUCUGUCCAUCCUAAACCUCUUGUCCUUAACCCUAAUUCUUCCGAUUCCUCUCCUGGCGGUUCUUCCUCUCAGAAUCAUCACAAAAUAUUACUCAGUAUCUCUGCUCUCAUUGCCAUUGGUGCAGCUGUAUUCAUAGCCCUCGGUGUAGUAGCUGUUACUGUUCUCAAUAUCCGUGUGAGGUCUUCAAUGUCACAUUCUGCUGCUCCACUUGCAUUAUCUGGAGGGGAAGAUUACAGUUGUUCCCCCAUUAAUGAUCCAAACUAUGGCAAGCUUGUCAUGUUUUCGGGUGACGCUGACUUUGUCUCUGGGGCUCAUGCACUGCUCAACAAGGACUGUGAACUUGGUCGUGGUGGAUUUGGAGUUGUUUACAGAACAGUCCUUCGUGAUGGGCGUUCAGUUGCAAUCAAGAAACUAACCAUCUCAGGUUUAAUUAAGUCCCAAGAGGAAUUUGAUAGGGAAGUGAAGACACUUGGGAAGAUCAGGCACCAUAAUCUUGUGGCCCUUGAAGGGUAUUACUGGACUCCAUCAUUGCAACUACUUAUUUAUGAAUACAUCUCCAGUGGGAGUUUGUAUAAGCAUCUCCACGAUGGGCACAACGGAAACUGCCUCUCUUGGCGACAGAGAUUCCACACUGUUCUUGGGAUGGCAAAAGGGUUGGCCCAUUUGCACCAAAUGAAUAUUAUUCAUUACAAUCUAAAAUCAACAAAUGUUCUGAUAGACAGCUCUGGUGAGCCAAAAGUAGGAGAUUUUGGCCUUGCAAGGCUAUUGCCAAUGUUAGACCGUUGUGUUUUGAGCAGCAAAAUCCAGAGUGCUCUUGGGUACAUGGCUCCUGAGUUUGCUUGUCGAACUGUGAAAAUUACUGAGAAAUGUGAUGUGUAUGGGUUUGGGGUAUUGGUUUUGGAGGUGGUGACAGGGAAAAGACCUGUGGAGUAUAUGGAGGAUGAUGUGGUGGUGCUUUGUGACAUGGUGAGAGAGGCAUUGGAGGAAGGGAAGGUGGAGGAUUGUGUUGAUGGGAGGCUCCGGCAUAAUUUUCCUGCAGAGGAGGCAAUUCCAGUGAUAAAGCUUGGUUUAAUUUGUGCUUCUCAGGUUCCAUCAAACAGACCGGACAUGAGUGAGGUGGUUAAUAUUCUGGAGCUCAUCCAGUGCCCUUCAGAAGGCCAGGAAGAAUUAGAGUGAAUCUAAGUUAUAGAGAUUGAGAAAAAGCAACAUAUAAUGUAUUUUCCGGUGAAAAUAAAUCCGGUAUGUUUGUUUGUUUGUUUUAAGCAAUAGAAAAAAAAAAGAGAAAAAGAUUGUUGAAGGUCCUGUUCUUCACAAUCUUGUUUGUUAUUGUAAUUUUGUUUGUGUUCUUUUAUUAAUUUUAUUCAGUUGUAAUGUCGGAUUCCUUUUCACCGGUUUGAUAUGGAAAUGAGGCACCAUUAUAUAUUUGUUAA